AUCGAAAAUCUGUGAUUUCGCAUUAGAUCUGGGUAUUGUGCCAGGAAUAGUUACGUGUUGCUGUUUUUACCUCGUCCAGGAAAGAGUUCGAAGAAUCUCUGAGAACUGCGGCGUUUGGAGAGAAGAAAAAGGAAGCUGUUGAUCACCAAAUCAGGUGGUCUGAAUGGUGGGCUAUGAUCCGUCCGCCGCGCAGCUGAGCAGCUGGCAGCAUGGCCUGGCCGGCGCCUCUUCUGGGUUCUUCACGCGGCUUUGCUGCCAGCCCCUGGACGUGCUCAAGAUCAGGUUCCAGCUGCAGCACGAGCCAGUGCGCCGCUCCGCUAACAGCAAGUACCGCGGAGUGCUGCAGGCUCUGGGCCAGGUGGUCCGGGACGAGGGUGCCUCCGCGCUCUGGAAGGGGCACGUCCCGGCCCAGCUGCUGUCGGUAGUCUACGGCACUGUGCAGUUUGCGUGCUUCGAAUACUUCACGCGCGAGCUGCACCAGCUGGCAUCGGAGCCAUCUGGCGGGACGGCCCUGAGUUUGCACUUCGUGGCCGGUGGCGCUUCCGGCGUGGCGGCCUCCGCCGCCUCGCUCCCCUUGGACGUCGUCCGCACACGCCUAGUGGCUCAAGGUGAACCCAAGUAUUACCGGAGUAUGCGGGCGGCGGCGGCGCACAUGCUGCGGAACGAGGGACCGACCGCCUUCGCCAAGGGCUUGGUGCCCACCAUGCUGCAGACGGCGCCGUACACGGCACUCCAGUUCGGCGCGUUCGCCGCCUGCAACCAGCUGCUGAGCCGCCAGCUCCUGUUGCAGGAUCGGCCGACGACGCGGGCCAUGCUGUGCGGCGUGGUGGCUGGCCUGGCCGCCAAGACAGCCGUCUACCCGCUGGACGUGGCCAAGAAGCGCAUCCAGGUCCAGGGCUUCCAGCAGCACCGACACGGCUUCGGCGAGGUGCGUGAGUACCGCGGUCUGCUACACUGUUUGCGGUCCACGGCGUACCAGGAGGGCGUGCGCGGCAUCUACAAGGGUCUGAUGCCCUCCUCCAUCAAGGCCAUGGCCACCACCGGCCUGCACUUCACCUUCUACGAGCUGGCGGUGCGGCUGAUGCGGGAGGCACGUGCCAGCUAACGGCCCCGCACCGGCCUGAGCUGACGGCGGCCAGCAGUAGCGCCGCGUCGGCCAGCGCCAACGGCUAGCGCCAGCGGCUAGCGCCAGUAGUUGCCGCCAGCGGUCGGGGCCGUGCCGCGCUAGCCCGCUGGUCGGCAGGCGUCGAGCCCGUGUGCAAUGUAAUCUACCACAGUUUAACACGGUAGAUGUACCGCUGGUGGAAGCGGCGUACCUGCCAGGCUGAUCUGUUCAUAGAAACCCCGUGCUUGUCAGGAUGAGGUCCGUUCUCUGUUAGCGGGCUGCCCACGUAGGAAUGGUGCAUUUGUUGAUGUUUUUGUUAGUAUUAUCCGUCCGCUAAAACGCGCAACAUGCGUUGCGUUAAGUUAUGAAGCAAUACCCUGCGAUAAAUGGUCGUGGAAGUCAUUUUCCUCAGUUGACACUGCACCAGACUUGUUGCACCCCCGUGUUGUUAUGCAGCCGAAGCGUAGUAUUGACAAUACAGAACUUGAGUGUA